AUGGCCACCAUACAAACAAAGCAUCCUCCUAGCUCCUACUUCCAAGACCUCCAAUUCCAUCUCUUCAGCGAUGGCGUCGCCCAAGAUCAUCGCGCUGUUCCUCGCUUUCGCCGUGGCGUCGGCGGCGCUGCAGCCCUCGGCAGCGGCGAGGGUCCAAGCCCAGCACGGGUUGAAGCCGGCGGCCGCGAGCCACGAGGCAGAGAAGGUGGCCGCCCAAGCAGCUGGCGGCAGCGCGCCGACCCCGCCCGGCCUCCCCGCCGGCGUCCAGCUCCCCCCGGGGCUGCUGCCCGCCAUCCUGGGCUUGCUCUUCCCGCCGCUGGCGGCAUCAUCGGCAUCAUCCAGCCGCUGCUCCCGCCGCUGCAGGGCGGCGCCCUGGGCGGCCUGCUGCCGGCCGGUGCCUCGCACGCCCCGCCGCCGCCGGCGGAGUGCAUGACGUCGCUGGCGGCCGUGGCGCCGUGCACGGACUACCUCACCAACGCCACCGCCGUGGCGACUCCCCCCGGGGAGUGCUGCGACGGGCUCAGGGCCGUCGUCCGGGACGCGCCCAUCUGCCUCUGCCACGGCACGAACGGCGGCAUGAACCGGUUCCUGCCCAGGCCCGUCGACCCUCUCCGCAUGGCCGUCCUCCCGCUUGCCUGCGGCGCCGUGCUGCCGAUCCAAACGCUCUUCUUGUGCAACUCGAACCAGGUGCCGCCGAUGUUGCCGCCCACCCCGCCUGCCACGCCUCCUCCAGUGUCACCGUAGAUGGCGGUUGUCUGUCGAUGCUACUCAGGCUAGUUUGUCUUCUUAGUUUCAAGAUGGUAUUAGCCUAUCAGGAUAGUUUAGAAGUUGAAGUCCUCGUGGAGAGUAGUAUUAAGUUAGAUGGUUGAGUCAUGUUAGUGCAGAGUGCAGUCAUGUAAACAGCUCAGUUUCCUGCUUUUGCUUAGUUUGACUUUGACCAUGUAUAACUGCAUAUGGUAAUUACUCCCGCCCAGAUAUCCAAUA